AAUGUCUACAUCCUCGGGCGCAGAACUGUCUGAAGCACAGAAGACACGUGCUGAGCGGAACAGACUAAAGGCUUUACAGUUGAAGAAGUCAAAGCUUGUCAGCAGACCAUCUCCUUAUCCGAAUAGAAGAGGAGAUGCUAAAAGUUCUUGUUGCAGUAAUGAUAGAAAACCACCAACUGUCAUUGAUACUGGUGCAGGUUUUCUGCUGCCAGAGGAGGAUGAAGAUGCCCAGACUGCUAUGCCACGUAAUAACAUCGUCUAUCCAACCGGUCCGUCGGCGGGGGAUGCAGUGCUGACUUGCGAAGAAUGUGGAAAGGACUUUUACGAAUCAUUUCUAUACGAAAAAUUCGGUCUGUCUGUCUGCAAUAAUUGUAGAGAUAAUGAUGGAAAGCAUGCAUUGGUAACAAAGACUGUGGCGAAGAGUGAGUUUCUACUGAAAGACUGUGACCUUGAAAAGAGAGAACCACUACUCCGAUACAUCGUUCGCAAAAAUCCUCACAACGAUCGGUGGGGAGACAUGAAACUCUUUCUCAGAUCACAGGUGGAAGCACGUGCCAUGGAAGUUUGGGAGUCCCAGGAAAAGUUGGAGGAGGCAAGAGAACAGAGGGAGGAGAACAGACAGACAACCAAACAAAAACAAUUCAACAAGAAACUGAAAGCACUGAGAAUGGAGGUACGGAGUAGUCUUUAUAAGAAGGACACAGGACCGCAUCAGCAUGAGUAUGGCCCAGAAUCUUAUGACGAGGCAGACGACAUUUUUAGCAAGACGUGCAAGUCCUGCCAGUACACAUUGACCUACGAGAAAAUGUAGUUGCAAGUGGGUGGCAUCCAUAGAUCGAGAUCGUGCCAUUAUGUUGUUUAGCUGCUAUCAAAUUGGCUGUGAUAGUUGAUAUAAGCUUUUGCUAUAAAUGAUUUGAUCGACGGUAAUAUUUUUUAUUCGUUGAUGAAUUGCGCGUUUCAUAGUAUCCACAAUGCAUAACAUGCCAUAGCUUUCUAACCAUGUUGUAUAAGCAGGUC